GAACUUUCUGGUAAUCACGUAGUUAUGGCGGACAGACUCCUCGCUGUUCUUGUAGCCGAUAUUUUGAAAGAUUUAGAAAGCAGAUGUCAUUCUUCACAGUUUCAUUCGGACCGAACCCUGGUUCUGUUUUUGUUGCUCGAAAGGCGAGCUGUAAACCCAUUAGUUAGAAAGUAGGCGGGUCCUUGAACGGCUUCCUGUGCUGCUAUUGGUUUAAACUGUUGUUGGUAUGGUUUAAAUGUCUGGCGGUGAUAAACAAAGAGCUUGUUUAAAUCGGGACAAGAUGGUGACUAAAAGGAUCCGCUCAGAGUACAUGAAGAAGUUCAAAGACCCAAAAUGGGAGACUUACACCAAGUGUUAUGAAGAGAUGCUGGCCUACAGGCUGACCCGGAGGCUGCUGGAGCACACACACAACCCCUGGUUCUGGAGCGGCUCGGACAGCGACUCGGACUCGGGAGGAAGGAGCCCUCCUCACCCCAGUAAGAACCAGGUUGAAGCCGGCGGAGCUGAGACAGAGGAGCCUGAGGGGGUCAAGACGGACAGACAGCGGGAAACCAGAACCACCGGAGCUGGACCUAGACCUACUGUCCAGAAUGAGGAGCAGAUCAGGCCUGACCCACAGUCUUCAGCACACAGUUCGCAGUGUGACGAUACCAGGGAGUCAAACAGAGCAGUUCAGGGAGAGGAAGAGGAGUUCUCUGCUCCACUCCGAGACAAAGAAAAAGAGACGAGAGCAGCACGACCUCACCAAAGAAAACCCUCCAAAUCAACGAGACCAGCCUGGCGCUCCCAGCGCGUGAGGCCUGUACGGCAGCUCAAAGAGGACACAAAGGAGAAACGACAUCCUUUCGCACUGUAUGGCUCAGGAGAAAAGGAUGCAGACAUCGCAGAUAGGAAGACUCACAACGUCGGUCCUGCAGCUUCUACUGCUGAGAUUCAUGAAUCGGCUCUGCGUGCUAAGACCAGGCGGCAGGUUGAGCGGCAGAUCCAGUCCCGGCGACCUGAGCGGCGUCGGGCCAAAUCAGCGGACCCAAAUAAAGCCGGGAUGGCGGUUCAGCCCGAGUUCAACCCCUGGCUCACCGAAUACAUGCGCUGCUUCUCCGCUCGCUCCCGAUAGGACAGCGGCAGUACAUCAGCACCAACAAAACCAUUCCUGCCUCUAGAAACAGCGGAAGUUCAGACACACGGCACAUUUUACGUGCCUGCGUCUCACUGCGACUUGUCUUCAUGGAAAACAUCUCAAACUCAGGGAUUUUGUACAAAAUGGAGGGCAAUCAUGGAAGAAAGGUUUUGGUAAUUUUAUGACAAACUGAAGUUUUGUCACAUAAAGACAUUUGGUAACACUUGAAUUUGAAGGGCUGUGCAUAACGGUGCGUUCACACCCAACGAGUUGCGCGCGUCAAAAACGCUUCAAGUUCGACACGUGCACUUGAAGUCAGACGCUUGACAUUUUGCUCUAGAUGUCAGUUGCGUCAAAACCGCUCUAGUCGUACGUUGAGAGGAGCCUCCUUGGUCCCUCAAACUCUUCCACCGUCUCCUGCAUGUUUCAUCUAAAUAAAUACGUUUAUUUAACGUGUUUCAACGUUUUUGCUGGAAGGAUUUGGAUAGUUCAAAUGCGGGGAAAUAUUUUCCAAUAGUUAUAACUUACUCAACAUUCCAACUUCGUCGCUGAUCCUCUCCCAAGUCAGGUCCUUUCUGUUCCGGUCUCUGUAGUCAUAGCUCGAUCGGUCGUAGAUUACAGCACCUCACCAGAGAGGUCCUGUAAUCAGCUAGAAUUAGUUUAUUCUCCAUAGUUUUAUUUUUCUGAGAUCACGAAAAUGCAAAACUGCGAGCGGCGAAAGUUCAGAUUUUCCAGCUCCAGCGUUGGAUGCAUCAAACGCUCAAGACGCUCGAAACGCUUCAAAUCGCGCAGCACUUGACGCGCUUCGAUGCGCCUCCACGUAGAAAACCAGACGCGCCUGGCGCUCUAAACGCGUUUGGUGUGAACCUGAGGGAGACUUAAGCUGAUCUACCUCAGCAAAGGUCUGAAAAUCAACCUCUUCUUGUCUCCUGUGACAGAGGUUUGACUGACAGAGCGGCCCACCAGGUCACGUUUUUCAUGUUUGGAGUGUUUAUGACUGUUGUAAUGAAGUUUCAUUUGGUAAAUAAUGACUUUUAAUGAAUGUCUUAAUUGAACUUUGCAUUAAAAAUGUAAAUAUUUAACAAACGAAACUUUUUGACAACAUUCAGUCUUAUGCACAUGCCUUCAAAUGAAGCGUUGCCAGACAUUUAAAUUAGUUCACAUUGAAUCUUAGAGCCAUACUUUGACGCAAAUCCUUUAAGACAUCCAGUAAAAGGACGACUUUGUUAUGGAGAUAAUAAUCUACAGUGGAGCGACUGGUCAGUAAAACAAUCAGAUGAAGAUUCUUGUUCUUGAAGAAACUUUUGAACUUAUGUGAACAAUAGUUCAAGGAUUCAAUGUUGGCCAGAAGUUUACAUACUCAUCGAUUUGUUAGGGUGGAAUGAUGAGGCAAUACACCGUGUUCCAAAUUAUUAUGCAAAUUGGAUUUAAGUGUCAUAAAGAUUUCAUUUUUUGUUGUGCUACU